AGCUCAGACAUCUUGGAGAGGCUGGCAUUUUUACGCGGGGAUCUGAGACGGCUUUCCUUCUUCUCGACAAAAGGCUGAACUAGAAGGGGGUGGGGGGAGAGGAGGAGGAGGAGGAGGAGGAGGAGGAGGAGGAGGAGGAGGAGGAGGAGGAGGAGGAGGAGGAGGAGGAGGAGGAGAAGGAAGAGGAGAGGAGAGGAAAGGAGAGGAGAGACGCGAAGCAGCCUUAGCGCUGGGCCUGGGCGGAGCGCAGCUCUGAGGGGGAGAGGGCGAGGGAGGCAGGCAGGCUGGUGGGUGUGGGGAGCCCUAGCCUGCGCGCUGUGCUGCGCUCUGGUUGCCCUCCUUGUCCCUUUGUGUGGGUGCUAGUCCACAGCCCCUCUGGCCUCGGUCCCUUUACACCCCGGGCUCCCAGUCCGCUCCUCCCCCGCCUUCCUCCCUACCCCGGCCCGCCCCCUCCCCUCCCCUCCCCUCCCCUCGCUCCUUGCAUUGCUCUAAAUUCUUCUUGGAGACAAGAUGGCAACACCGGCAGCGGUCAAUCCUUCGGAAAUGGCUUCUGACAUCCCUGGAUCGGUGUCUUUGCCAGUUGCCCCCAUGGCAACAGGGCAGGUGAGAAUGGCAGGAGCCAUGCCUGCUAGAGGAGGAAAGAGGCGUUCAGGAAUGGACUUCGAUGAUGAAGAUGGUGAAGGCCCCAGCAAAUUUUCAAGAGAGAAUCACAGCGAGAUUGAAAGGCGUAGAAGGAACAAGAUGACCCAGUACAUCACAGAGCUGUCAGACAUGGUUCCCACAUGCAGUGCUCUAGCUCGAAAACCAGAUAAGUUAACCAUACUACGCAUGGCAGUCUCACACAUGAAAUCCAUGAGGGGUACUGGAAACAAAUCUACCGAUGGAGCCUAUAAACCUUCAUUUUUAACAGAGCAGGAACUAAAACAUCUCAUUCUCGAGGCUGCUGAUGGAUUUCUGUUUGUAGUUGCGGCUGAAACUGGAAGAGUCAUCUACGUGUCUGAUUCAGUCACGCCAGUUCUGAAUCAACCCCAGUCUGAGUGGUUUGGUAGCACCCUUUAUGAACAGGUUCAUCCAGAUGAUGUGGAGAAACUGAGAGAACAGCUAUGCACUUCUGAAAACUCAAUGACAGGUCGGAUUUUGGAUCUGAAGACAGGGACCGUCAAGAAGGAAGGUCAGCAGUCGUCUAUGAGAAUGUGCAUGGGAUCCAGACGCUCUUUCAUUUGUAGGAUGAGGUGUGGAAACGCCCCUUUGGAUCACCUUCCCCUAAACAGGAUAACCACCAUGAGGAAAAGAUAUAGGAAUGGUCUAGGCCCGGUUAAGGAAGGAGAGGCACAAUAUGCUGUAGUCCAUUGCACAGGAUACAUCAAAGCCUGGCCUCCAGCAGGAAUGACUAUACCUGAAGAAGAUGCUGAUGUGGGACAAGGCAGUAAAUAUUGCCUUGUGGCAAUUGGGAGGCUUCAGGUAACUAGCUCUCCUGUAUGCAUGGACAUGAAUGGGAUGUCUGUCCCUGCUGAGUUCUUAUCUCGACACAACUCUGAAGGAAUCAUCACGUUUGUGGAUCCAAGAUGCAUCAGUGUUAUUGGCUACCAACCACAGGAUCUUCUGGGAAAGGACAUUUUGGAAUUUUGCCAUCCUGAAGAUCAGAGCCAUCUAAGGGAGAGUUUUCAGCAGGUUGUUAAGCUGAAAGGCCAAGUACUCUCAGUCAUGUAUCGAUUUCGGACCAAAAACCGGGAAUGGAUGUUGAUCAGGACCAGCAGCUUCACUUUUCAGAAUCCUUAUUCUGAUGAGAUUGAAUACAUCAUCUGCACCAACACGAAUGUCAAGCAACUUCAGCAACAACAGGCUGAACUGGAAGUACACCAGAGAGAUGGAUUGUCAUCAUAUGACUUAUCUCAGGUACCUGUCCCAAAUAUACCAGCUAAUGUUCAUGAGACUGGAAAACCAGUAGAAAAAGCAGAUACAAUAUUUUCCCAGGAAAGAGAUCCUCGUUUUGCUGAGAUGUUUGCAGGAAUAACUGCAUCGGAGAAAAAAAUGAUGGCCUCUGCCUCUGCCCCUGGGAACCAGCAACUUUACUCGCAAGGAAGCCCAUUCCAGCCAGGACACUCGGGAAAGGCAUUCAGUUCUUCAGUGGUUCAUGUGCCUGGAGUCAAUGAUAUUCAGUCCUCUUCUUCAACAGGACAAAAUAUGACACAGAUUUCUCGUCAGAUAAAUCAGAGUCAAGUUGCCUGGACUGGAAGUCGUCCGCCAUUUCCUGGACAGCAAAUCCCAACGCAGUCCAGCAAGACUCAGUCUUCUCCCUUUGGGAUUGGGACCAGCCACACCUACCCAGCCGACCCAUCCUCCUACAGUCCUCUCUCCAGUCCAGCUACUUCUUCACCUAGUGGGAACGCCUACUCCAGCCUCGCAAACAGGACCUCGGGGUUUGCUGAAAGUGGACAAAGUAGCGGGCAGUUUCAAGGGAGGCCUUCAGAGGUCUGGUCGCAGUGGCAAAACCAGCAUCAUAAUCAGCAGAGCAGUGACCAACAUUCACAUCAGCAGCCCAAUCAGACUGAAGUAUUCCAGGACAUGCUACCGAUGCCAGGAGACCCAACCCAGGGAACAGGCAAUUAUAAUAUUGAAGACUUUGCUGAUCUAGGCAUGUUCCCACCAUUUUCUGAGUAACAUCUAAGAGGAAACAAAAGAAGAAAUCUCCCUCUACCCAGCGCCAUUCUGUGAAACCAUUCCCAUUAUGCUUGGGGCCUGGCUUUGUCAGUGUUGUAUUACCAUAUGACCCACCAAGGAAGGGAUCCAAUUUCUUGUAGAAAUUCCCUCAUCUUUAUUGUUCAUAUGUAAUGUACAUUACGAGUGCCUGGGCUUUUCUAUGGCUAUCAGAUAUGGUACUCUGGGGAGUGGUAGAAAUAUUUUUAUUUCAUCUUACUUUAUUUUGCCUCAGAAGUGAGUUUCAAGGGGUCCUUCCUAUCGGAAUGUGAGCCACCUCUGAAUAGACACUUUGGGUCUUUUUAAAAACAAUCAGUGACAAAUUUAGUCAGCACCCAAGGGAGAGGUCAGAUAACACCCAGGGCUAAGACCUACUAAAAUGAAAGUAAAAACCGUGUUAACAUAUUGCUUUUUUAACUUCUGUUUGGCAAGGGGGGUGGGGGUGGGGGAUGGGAAAGAGCAGGGAUUCCAUUUCUUUUUGCCUACUGCCAUGUUGUUUUAGUUCAUAUUGAAGAUGAGAGGCAAAAGCCGUUAACCUGGGCCAGAGGAAGCCCAAGAGCCUUUUCCUUUGCCUUGCUCAACAGAACUAAAUCUGAAUGUGUGUACAUCUUAGUGCCAUUUGUAUAUUUUGUGCUGUGUGAAGUGAAUUUCCUGUUCUGGUAGAUUCAUUUUUAUCUUGUGUCUGUCAUGUGAGACCAAAGUGGGGUAGGGGGAGGGGGGAGAAGGGGAAGGGGCGAAAGGGAAUGGAAAAGAAGAUGGUCCACUGGGAAGCACAGCCAUGGUGGUGGAUUCUACAUUCCCUGAGCUCAGAAAUGUUCUUGCAGAUUGAUAGUUCACAUUCAGUGGGAUGGAAACGGCAUACUUGCAAAUGCUUACGUUCCUGGUUUUGCACUGAUUGUAUGACCAAGACUAAGACUUCAAUAGUAACUAACUAGAAAUCAAAGACAAGUGUUAAUUGUUCACUAAAGUUACCUCAAUAUGGAACUUCUAGCGUCUGAUCAUCUGAUAACAGGGGGAGGUAUUUUCUUUUUCUAUCAGUUUAUCCCAUCUCCUAAUAUAAGUGACAACUGCAGGCCAUUUGAGGUUCUCAUAAACUCUGUCAGAUCCAAAUUUGUCCAUAAUGAGAAUUUUUGCCAUUUCUCAUGCUUAAAGGCAGUCUAUAGUAAGUCUCUUGUCCCUAUCUUGCAAUGAGUCCCAAAGGAAUAGCUCUGCGCUGAGCACAGCUUCCUUCUGUAAACUGGAAAGCACUGAGUGAUGUCACUGACACAGCCUCAAGCAAAAGGCCUUCCUGAAAAUACAAUUGUUGGAACUUAGGUUGUCUGGGACACUUGGGACCUUUUUAGUGAACAUUUCAAGAGAAGGUAAUGCUCCUAAGAAUAUGCUGUGAACCUGACCGUGAUUCUCUGGUCUGAAGCGACCAGUAUCCAUACAAAUCUGCUCCAAAUAUGCAAGCUUUAACUUUUGUCAGGAUUAGCAAUCCAAAGGGGACAGUGUUCCCACCCAUUUUUGCCACUAGAAUCAGAAAUUUCUAAUAUCCAAAACAAUUUAGCCUCUGCUGCAUCACCUCUAGAAGGGAUUUUCUUUAUUCUCCUAGCCAGUGUAUUCCUACAAAAUUGCUCUGUUUUUCAUCAUCUAAUUAUGUACUGUAUAUAAUUAAUACCUGGAGCAAUAGAAAAUUACGUAUAAGUGAUCAUCUCCCCUGAUUUUCAGCUUGUUCUUUCUUCAAGGUUGUUUAUAUAUUCACAGAGAGUUUAUUUUUUACCUUUGAUUUAAGAAAGGAUUCAAAGAAAUUAUUUCAGCUUUUCACAUUCUAGUUAUUGAUAUAUAUCUCAUCACCACUGCAUCCCUGAUAUGUAAGAAUGAAAGAAAUACAUUAAUUUAUUUGGCAAAUGGUUAAGACAAAAGGGUUACCAUCCAGCAAGGGGGGAAGGGGGGAACAACACUUCGUUAAGCCUUCCAUGGAAAUAUGUGUGUUCUCCUUGAAGGCUAUGAAGACUGAAUGAACCAAUGAUUGUUUAAUGAGUCAGGCAAGAAAUAGCCUGUGCUUCCCUUCCCCAUCCAUUCCAAUGAGCAUAAAAAAUUCAUGCUUUCUAGGGCUGUCUGAAUGCAGAGUGGGCUGAGCUCAUAGUUUAGAGGUAAGGUGGAGACGUGUUCCUGAUCCUCCCAUUGUAUUGCAUUAUAGAACACUGAGACCUUGUCAUUUCCAACUCUAAAUCAUUUGCUUCUCGGAUUAACUUUGGGGUUGAGAUCAGUAUAUUCAGAAAUGCUGAAGGUUUUCCUCUCUUAAGGUCUCAUACGAAUGAUGAUCUAUAGGAAAUGUUUCUCAGAACACUUUCAUACCAUUACCAGCCUGAAGUUCUGAAUUCAUAUUCUGAAAACUAAUACUGGUUCUACAUUUAUAUAUGUAAAUACACAUAUAAAUAAAGGGAAAGGGGGGAAAUUCAUGAUACACAUAUACAUAUAUGUGUACAUAUAGUGAGAUUUUUAACUUAAUGCAUCUAAUUCUUUCAUCACAGUCUGACAUCAGAAGUCAUUAUGCUUCUAGGAGAAAUGGCAAGCAAUUCAGAUUACUUCCUCUGAACUUCCUGAAUGUCUUACAUUCUGACAGCCAGAAUAUCCUGAAACAGCUUCUGCUUGGCUGCCAAUGCACCUGCCCCUUUCCACUCUUGGUAAUUACAAAUACAUAGCUAGCCAUUGACACAAUACCUUUCAAAUGAGGCCAAGGAACUUUUAAAUUAAAAUGAGAUCCCUAGUAAAAUGAGAAAUAAAAUGAAACCAAAUUGCAUUGAUGGGUUUGACAUGAAAGGCAAGACAGGUUAAUGUUAAAGUGUAAUCAGUAGACCAGUAAAAGUUGUUCUUGAGCUACCUGCUGUGUGCCUAAAGAAUAUGAAAUAAGUAUCAGACAGGGUCCUGUCCUUAAGGAGCUUCCAUCUUUCCCUGUCUUACAAAGGUUUUUGUUCAGGGUGCAGACAAUUUCAUUAUUCUUUGGGCCCAAAGACUGGGAUUGAAUAGGUAAUUGAAAUCUAGAAGUAUACAAAGAAUUCCAGAAAUCUAACAUUCUUCCAGUAAAACAUUUUAUGAAGAUUACUAACAAGUCCUGUAAUAUCCCCAAAUCUUCGGUUCUAUGAUAAGGAGUCAAACUGACUCCUCUGAGCUAUAUUAUUUUCCAUUUUUUCCUGCUUACCUGCAGAAUAAGGAAAUGGCUAGAAAGCCCUCUAUUUUUUUUCUUAAGAGGAGAGGCAACAAAUCUAGAAUAACUCACAAGCUAGAUAAUCAAUUCUCACUGUUUUCCUAAUUAAGGAGCUGAGUGUGGAAAAAUUAUUUUCUGUAAUCCCACACUCAUCUCUGUGACUAUAGAGGAGAAUAGAAAUAAAAAUCAAUGUCCGUGCAUGUAAAGGAAAAGUACUUACUGCACCGUGGUAUGUGAUCAUUUAGUUUUGAAUAGGAAAAAAUGUAGUUUAUCUUUUCUGUGGCAUAUUAUGUAUUUGGAGCAGGAAUUCCCCUAGAAUCUAUUUGGGCAGUCCCAAUGUUCCCCAACCAAUCCUCCUCUGUCUGGGCAGUGGAGUUGAUGUUGGGUUUGGUAAAAUGGGUGACAUUUAGUCUUCUUGUAGAGCACAAAGUAAAAUUUCCCCCCUUAUUCUGUAAUCUUGAUAGUUUCCAUGUUUUCCUUCUCUUUUCCUGCCCCUCCUACUUUGUCUUGACUGCUCAAUUUUGAAUGACUUCCCUUGAGGUAAAUAGGAUCAGAAGCAAUCGCUUUCCUUUCUCUUUAGUGGAAAGAGAACCCUGUGGGUGGCAGUCUGCCUGUUGAGAAUCAGCAAAAACACCUGAAAGGAAAUUCCAUAGGGGCCAUGCUCACUGGAAUGAGCUUGGGAGAUAUGAUUAUUCCAUCAAUAAAGGCUAUUUAGUGUAAGCAUUGACUUUUAUCCCUGGUUCUCUGUUCUAUCUAUAUAUUACCAAGGACUGAAAAUGCUGCCUCAAUCUCCCUUUUGCUUAUGCCUACAUAGCAUCUAGAACUGGAAGAAACCUUACAGAUCACCUGGUCCAGACACUGUAAUUUAUAGGUGAGGAAACUUAGACUCGGAGAAAUUAAGCGAUGUGUCCAAAGUCAGAAAGAGAGUGGUGGAGCCAGAAUUCAAACUAAGGUUUUGUGACCUCCAAAUCAGCACUCUCAUGGAGUCAUCUGGGACCUUUCAGUUAUUCCAGUUGUUUUCCUCAGGAAUUGCUAUCGACAAAGCCCACAAAAUUUACAUUUGGAAUUUUUUCUUUUUCCUGAUGAGUUAGUUAUCAAGUUGUAAGAGGAAAACAGGGGCCCAACUUUGCUUAUAACUCUGCACCCACUCACCAAAGGGGAACACAUUGAAGGCUGCUCAUCCAGCAGUAAAGUAGAAUGAAUUCAUUCAUUUUCUUUUGGUAUCUCUUGCCAGGAGAAAAGACUAAUGGAAAAUGUGCUGGGCUAGUGAAUGCGUUCAGCUUGUGGCAAAGCCACUUUACAAUUAUUAUAAUGUUUACCAUGAAAUGAGCAUGAACCAAUAACUUAACACAUUGGCUUUGCAGAGUUACUAUGUCAAAUAGGUGUCUAGGGGCAGAGACCACUUUUAAUUUUCCCAGGUAAUGAUUUUUAUUAGAGACAGAAUCCUGUUUCCUGAUGUGGCUUCAUAAGCAAAGAGAAUAACAUGAUUUGCCAAGCCAUGACUUCCCACACUAUAGAAUUAAGCUUGCAGAAGUGAUAUGCCCAUCAUUCCCACUCCCACCAGAAACACACUGCAGUACUUACUGCCUUUGACAGCAGUUGUUUGGGGGGCAUAGUGCCACAUGGUAUAGGAUUUACCAAAUUACUCUCACAUAUAUUUUUAUACAUAAGGGUAGGCUUUUUGGAAAGUAAAGACAGCUCCUGAAUUAUAAAUGCCUUAUCAAUGUUUUGCUGCCUUUGCAAUGGUCAAGCUUGGGUUGAUUUCUAAGGAUUUGGGUAAAUCUCAUUUUCUAAGUCAUCGAGUUAUGGUUUCAUGGACUGCAUGGACAUGGGACAUCUCUUUAUUCCCUUUAAAAAAAAUCAAAGAAGUCCUAGACUGACUUCAGGGGACAAGUUAAGCACUUAAUUCUCUGGUUAAAUUCUUCAUGUGGAUGUGAAUUGUGCUGUGGAUGAAAUGUACUUUGUACUUCCUGAAUGUUCUAUAUUUAUGACUAACAGUUAUAAAGUCAUUUGUGUAAAUGUAUAACUAAUAACUGACUUUUUAAAAGUUCAAUACAAUAAAAAAAUCAUCAGCUGUGA